UAAUCCGAAGCAUUUUUCAUCUCGCACCCACCGAGAAAGGUCGAGUUUUACUAAGGAUGGAAAAGGGAAAGACGAUUUUUCUUGAUAUAUUCAGGCGAGCAGAUAAGAAUGAUGAUGGGGCCAUUUCCUGGGAGGAGUUUGUUCAAUUUUUUGCGGACGGUGUCAUGGGAAAAGAAGAAAUGGAGAAGUUGUUCAAUGAAAUCGACACACACAACACCAAUAACAUAGAUACGGGAGAACUGUGUGAGUACUUCAGUAAUCACCUGGGGGAGAUGAAGAAGAUCUAUUCUCUGGUGGAGGAUCUCAAUCACAAAGUGACCAGUGUCCUGCAGUCUACAGCCAAGUCUUACCCUGAAAAGAGCAGAAAUGACAAGUUCAUCAAUCGUUUCCUACUGCGGGAGUGUAUUGGUCAGCUGACUGCCCUACAGCGCCCUCUAGAAUCAGCAUCGGACCACAUGGAUGACGAAGCUAGGCUGGAAAACUCUGAAGUCAAGCCUAUCGAACUUCGCGAUGUCCUGCCUAAACCAGAUCUGAUACCGGGUCGAGUUGGACGACGUACGAAGCGCCAGAUCAGUAGUCAGACCUCGCUCCAAACAGAGGGAUCUGUGAAUCCUGUGGCACUGGCUGCUCAAGUUGACCGUUUGUCGGAGUUGCUGGAUCGAUUGGAACAUGGGGUCAAUUUUAAAGGAUUUGUUGAUGAGGACAUGAAUGCCACAGAAGAAGAUCAGUACAUCCUGCAGCAGAGAAGCAUGGAGGUAGUUAAGGAGAAGGAGGAUGACUUCCGCGCGACAUUACGUCAGUACAUUGAGGACACCAACAACGCACCAGGGGCACUCAACAUUAGCGUGAGGUACUUUAAAGACUCAGGACUCUAUACUCUGUAUGAGGUUUGGGAAGCAGACGACAAAGAAAAACAGUACCGGGAAACAAAGGCGUUUGACUCGGUGUUUACUAAUCUUACAUCAGGAACUACUUUGUCUUCAAUCUCUUUUCCAAAGGCAUGGUGGAUCAAGUAAGAAAACCCCAGCUGGCAGGGAAUUUAACAGGCUCGACUACACCAAUACAGUAAAACACAGUUAUAGUGAACCUCCCGGGCAGUGAAAAACAGUUCGUUUAGCCAAACUUCGUUAUACUGUAAAACAUGAUUAUAGCAAACCUCCAGGGUCAAUGAAAAACAGUUUGUUAUCACUUUGUUUUAUCCAAUAAGAUUUUUCAUUAUUUUCCUCAUAUAGCGAAAUAUAUACCACUUCACAAUAAACAAGAAUUUGUUAUACGUGUUGUGUUUGUUAUAAAUGUGUUUUACUGUAGUUUUGUGUAUGUCCCCUGUGUAGUCAAUGUAUAAAUAGUUAUACCCACCCUGUGUAGUCAAUGUAUAAAUAGUUAUACCCAAUGUGCAUGUACUUUGUAUUGUAUUUUGAUAUUUAUACCUGUUUAGUCCUAUUGUUGUAGAAAAUGAUUUAUUUAUAGAGCUGUAAUCAUGUACAAUGCAGGGAUAAUAUUGCGACUUUUGUUAAAGUCUCUGACUUCCAACGAUACCGUCUGAACAAUCAUACGUUUAUAAAGUACUUAUAGUGUAUGCAUAAAAUUUUGUUAUAUUCUGUUCACAAAGACACGCACGUGUUGACGGAUUUUGAUUUAAAAAAUCAAUUACGCCAACAAGAAAUGGGAAGUAACAGGGUAAUUUACAAGUUUUCAUUGUCUCUGGUUAAUUCUUGUUUCAUUGUCUUUAAUAGAACAGGGCUUAUAAUGUUAUUAAAAAGCAAGUCGAUUGUGUUUGGAUGUGGCAUUGGCAUAAUAUUAUAUUUACAUGUACAUUUUCAAUGAUUUUAUCUUAAAAAUCUGUACCAAUUAAAAUAAAAGCCAUUUUCUCAUGAAUGUAAACAAUGUGCAUAUGAAUCUUGUUAAAUAAAGCACGACUAUUCUAAUGGCAGGGAAUAUUCCGACAGAAGUGAAAAUAAAAUAUAAAAAAUGGAUUUCAUUUUGAAAAUAAAUGAGGGUAUGAACAGCCACACUUCACGCCAGCAUACUUUUUCUGAAACACUAAUGCCUCCCCAUGAAGUCUGCUGGCAUAAAGCAUCAUACAGCCACACUUCCCGUCAGCAUACUUUCAGUACUUUGAUUCUUAAGCGCUAAUGCCUCCUCAUUAAGUCUGCUGGCAUAAAGCGUCAUAGAUUAUACCCUCGUGUAUUUUCAAAAAUGAAAUUUAUUUUUUGAAUAUGCAACUUUUAAAAUUAAAGCAUUUAUGCAAAAGAAACAUGAUAUUUUUAGUUGGAUCUUUGUCAAUUUUUGUCCUCUUUUGUAUUGAUGUAUCUUACAAAUGUAGGUAUUAAAAUGAAUGUACGAAAAUCAACAAGGUGUACAAAGUGCACACAGGGGUGUAUUUUAUGUUUGUAUUUAUGUAUCUGCCCUUUGUCUUUUCUUGUUUAUUGUCUGAAUUACAAACCACACCUGUUGCAUAUUACUUUCAUUUUUUAAGUAAGUAUACUCAUACUUUUUUAUUUUCAAUUUCUUCGAGUAUUAAGUCAACUGUAAUUAAGUGUAUCGAUUUAUUUGACUGUAAACUGCACCAUUGUUUAAAUUUGUUAGAUUGCAAUAAAACUCAAGACAUUAA